GUCAUGCCUCAGAUGGAUCUUUAGAGGAAUCGCAAACCCCCAGAAAAGAAAAAAAAGCCGAUUUCCCAUCAUUUCCAUCGUCAACCGCGACAUGACAACAGGGAUUUAGAAUUGCGUCUUUAAACAUCGACAUUUAGGUCAUUUUGAGUGAUACCAUGCCAGAACAAAGCAAUGAUUACCGGGUGGUUGUGUUUGGAGCUGGAGGAGUGGGCAAAAGCUCUUUGGUCUUGCGUUUCGUGAAGGGAACCUUUCGCGAGAGCUACAUCCCCACCAUCGAGGACACCUACAGGCAGGUGAUCAGCUGCGACAAGAGCAUCUGCACUCUGCAGAUCACAGACACCACGGGCAGUCACCAGUUUCCCGCCAUGCAGCGUCUGUCCAUCACCAAAGGCCACGCCUUCAUCUUAGUCUACUCCAUCACCAGCAAACAGUCCCUGGAGGAGCUCAAGCCCAUCUUCGAGCAGAUCUGCCUGAUUAAGGGGGACAUCGAGAACAUCCCAAUCAUGCUGGUGGGCAACAAGAACGACGAGGUGAGCGCUCGUGAAGUGGAGAGCAGCGACGGAGAGACUUUGGCCAGGAGGUGGAAAUGUGCCUUCAUGGAGACGUCAGCUAAGACGAAUCACAACGUCAAGGAGCUGUUUCAAGAGCUGCUUAAUUUGGAGAAACGCAGGACUGUUAGCCUUCAGAUCGACGGCAAGAAGAGCAAGCAGCAAAAACGAGCCGAGAAGCUCAAAGGCAAAUGUGUGGUCAUGUGAAAAAGCAAAACGUGCUCGGUCGUGAUGCUCUGGCUAACACUGUUUACACCUGAAAACAGGAUUGUUGGACACCUGUUUACACUUUUACAGGAUUCAGUGAAACUCCAAAAUCGUGGUAAACUUUUCCUUCUUCUUUGGAACAAAGAAGUGAAAUUUUUAAGAAUACGCCGGCUGCUCUUUUCCAUAUCACGAAUUAUACCAUAUAGUAAUUGCUCUUUGACACGUUUUACAGUGGAGAAAAGCCUAGAGAAUUCAUGAAGUCUGCUUCAAUGACUUCAGUUCUCUAGCUUGUCACGGAUUGUGAUGCCGCUGCAGGUUUGCACCAGAUUUUAGUAACCAACCUGUUCGUCUAGAAAACAGAAAAGACAGGUUGAUGUGCACAAACCCAAUGGCAGUGGUAAUACCCUUUCUUUUAUCAGUAAUGUAGAAAGCAGUAAAAUCAGUCCUUACUGUACAGGCUGGGCUGCAGCAUAUUAUUGUACUGUAUAACAUAUAUGACAUCUUAUAUGGCAGGUCACGAUCGCAUAUAUCAGCUGAAUUGUAACACGUCGAGGCAUGCAAUCAGUAGUGAAGGUAGUAGUCAACCAAAAUAAGCUAAAUGGUUGUUGCUGUUAGUUGCGUGAUUUAUCAUCAAAGAUUUAAUAAAGGCUGCUGUAGUUUUAUCUCCAUAUGCCUUAGAUUUAAAGCUCGUGAGGUAUUGUAUCCUUUUUAGAAUUCGAGUUUAGAAAUGUUCUUUUUGAAAAGGCGGUUGACUAUUUACUAGUACAGUAUUUGUAUUAAAGGAUAGUACAGCACGGAAGAAAAGAUCAGCUAAAUUCACAUAAACAUUAAUUAAUUGUAAAAUGAACACACCCACUGCAAAACAGAUUUUUUUUUUGAGUAUUUUUGUCUUUUUUUUGUUAGUACAAACAUUUGUUGUAGCUUUUGAGUUAAAAUUGCGUUUUUUUAUGCUGCUGACAGAUAUUUAUUGUUUGAUUUUUUUUUUUCCACAAAACAAUAUUUUAUGCCUUAAGACGUUUGGUUCGCUAAUAAACGCAUCUUGUUUGCAAGAAUAGAAAACGAGACAAAAAUACUAGAAAGAAAAUCGGUUUUCUCAAUGUGGCUGAUUUGAACAUUGUAAACAUUAAUAUUAACUGCUGACAAACUGACUAAUAAUUGGCAGUAGUGCUUUUUCGAGUGAACUAACAUGAGCUAUCGACUGCUGCAUUUGUAUUUACGCAUAUUUAGUGAAAAAUCAGCAAGUGCUUUUGAGAGUGAUAUAUAUAUUUUGUAGUUAUAUAUUUCUAGCAUGACAGGUCUUGUAAUCAAGUUCAAGUGCUAUGCUGUAUUGAAACUCACUUGUCUGGUUAGAGUGAUGUAAUCAGCUGUUUACUAACUAGAAUAGCGGAGACCUUUAAUGCCGUAUUUAACUCGAAUUUGUUGCUGGCGAGAGUUGAUGGCCAUAUGUAGCUAUUAUGGAUGCUUGGUCCCAAAGCUUACAGUGGGUUUCUGUUCCGAUAUAUAAAAUGUAAUACCGUUUUGAUGAAAUGCCUGUAUGGACAUCAUGUGUGCCUACAACUUUUUACGAUUGUAUUAUAGAUCACAAGAAUAAAUUAUAUUAUGCAUUUGAUGCUGAAUAGUCUCAUUACACUCAGAUGCUAAUGACAGCUGUCGGGGGUUUUUUGAGUCAUACAUUAACUAGAAAUGUAUCCAACGUUUUAAUGGUUUGCAGUAGAAGCCUCCUUCGUUUGAAUUCAAACAAUUGCGUGAAGGUCAGCCUACCAGCUGCUACAUUUAUGUGUGCACUUAAUCAAACAGAUGAUGAAUGGUUUGACUCCGAGCAGAAAUGAUGCUGGUGCGUGGGGGAAAGGCGAGGGAAGAACGUGUGUGGUAUUUAGACAUGUCAGAGUAAUAAGCCCGCCUGCCUCAUUACCGGCAAGUCAAGUGGCCUGCAGUAUAAUAGAGCACCUGCCAGCACUUAACAAGCAUCAAGCCAGUAAUGCAAGCUCUUUCACGAUGAGCUCUGCCAGACUCAGGCACCAUUAAUCUGAGUAAAACAUUCUGUUGUUUACAGAGUCAGAAUAAUCAUAAUUUAUAACACCUAUUUAUAAUGACCGCACGUGAAUCCCUGAUAUGGGCCAUUAAAAAAUAAUAAUAAUCAAGAAAAAAGCACCAUGCGGCGAGUAGAAGGAACGUUUGAUGGAAAGGUGUUGGUAAUUGUCAUAUGGUCAGGUGAUUUAGCUGCUUAAACUCAAAUAUUUAAAAAUAACUACAGCACAAAUCAAACCUGAAAGUUCUGCAUAUGCAUAUGGGUGCUUGAUGCAGCUUACACUUGAAAUGAAUGACUUUCGGUCUAUAGUUUGUCAGAGGUAAUAGUGACUGUUGCAUUCACAGCAUAAUAACUGUAAUUUCGAGCAACACGUGACGUUCUACUGCAAGCUGUUCGCAACUUUGGACUCAGAACUAUCAUACUAUCAAUCCAACUCUCAAUCCAGAUUCACAAAUUGUAAUGAUGAGUUCUACAAGGAAUUAAUAACCAACAAAUAAGGUAAGAAAACAGAAAUAAUGCCUUUGUGCUUCCUUUGUUUUAUCUCUGUCUUUGGGGUUUUCCUAAGCCAUUUCAGCUGCAAUUGGUUGUGUCAUGGAAAAGUGUUGAGGGAGGUUGGGGAGUUGAACAAGUCACGACUCUCCUCUGUCUUCAUGCCCAUUAAACUGCAGCUGUUGCUCCUGUCGAAGCCGCAAAUGCAUCCUGAUAGGUUCCUGAUAGUAAUAGACCCAUGAGAUGAAGGCUUUGGCUGUGGGAGAUGCUGUGCCAGUAGGUUCACUGUGUAAACAAGAAUACUGAAAAUGGGAUGACGCACAUCUGGUGUUUAACUGCACCUCAUCAUUGGCGCUAUAAAUCUUCCAUUACAUCUGUUCACCAAUGAACCUACUGCCUUCAAUGUGACCGCACCAGUGCACAAAAGUACAAAUGAGUCACCAGGACCAAUUCUCAGUGUAAUCCAAGCUCAUUGUGAAUGCAUACCUGUGCUGCUUCUAUUAUAUGCAGUGAGUGGAACUUAAAGUGCCUUUAAAAUUUAUUCUAAACUGAUGAACGUGAAUCUGCGCUAAGAUGUUAAUGCUUCACUGUUUUUAUAGAGUAGGGAACACUUAUUCACUAACUAUGACUCUCCCUGAAAUAAAUUCACAAUUUGCUGCUGCUAAUUAAUAGUAGCUAAUUAAUAGUAACUAGUAGGAUAGUUUUUAAGUUUAGGUAUUGGGUAGGAUUAGGGAUGUAAAAUAAGGUCUUGUAGAAUAAGGCAUUAAUAUGUGCUUAAUUAGCACUAAUAAAUUGCUAAUAUUCUGGUAAUAGGCAUGCUAAUAGAGACGCUAAAAUACAGUGUUACCACUCAUACUCAACUGCACCAUAAGCCUAUCCGAAAAUGUCAACUAAAGCAAACAUUAGAUUAAAAUGCAUUUGAAAAAACAAAUAUUUAAUUUUAGCUUGCUUCUGAAAAUCUUUGUGGUUUUUAAUCAUUUCAAUCAACCGCAAUGCUGUACCGGGUGCCCUACUGAGCAGGUUUACCACAUCAGAAAAGCCAUACACAUGGACCUAGUUAUGUGAUUAAAAACAUGAAAUGCAUUAAUUUACAAAUCAUGCAUUAUGAUAUAUUGUUAUUAUUAUUGUUGUUGUUAUUAUAUGUAUUUGUUUCGGACAUCUAUCUUUUUUGUGGUUUAACUGUUGCAUUUUAAAGCUGCAGUCUGUUAGUUUUGCUUCUAUGUUUGAAAACCUGGAAUUGCAGUUGCAGAAUUAUAUUUCAUGCGUGGGGUUGUGCUCUGGCACAGCUCCAGCAAGAAUUAAUCUAAUGUUUUAAAUGUGUAGCUUUCCGUUACCACACCAGUGUGAAUCUUGUACUAGGUCAUAGAUUCUAGCCUACGUCUUGGAAUAUGACACAAAUAAGAUUUAUUGUCAUCUGAACAAGUAACACCUGCCACACUUUGUUCUGACUAACUGAGGAAAGUAUUGGUAUACCUUAUUGUCAAAUUAUUAAUGUUAACAACAGCAUUGUGUGACUAAGUAGUGUGUAUUUGUGUGUAGUGCUAGUAACAUGCUAAUCAUGCUAGAAUAGCAACAUAGCAACACUUUAGCAACCACCCAGGGUACCUUAGCAACCUCAGAGCAACACCUUAGCAACCACCCCAGGUACCAUAGCAACCACCCUGAGUGCCCUAGCAACCACACAGCAACACCAUAGCAGGGUACCCCCACGUACCCUAGCAACCGCAUAGCAACACCCUAGCAACCACCCCAGGUACCAUAACAACCGCAUAGCUACACCUUAGCAACCACAUAGCUACACCUUAACAACCACCCGGGUACUCUAGCAACCACCUUAACAACCACUCCAAGUAACCUAGCAACCACAUAGCAAUGGCAAAUCGUAGAGCAUCUGGCCACUCGACAGGGCAAGAAGGAGCAGGAGCUUGCCGCCCUUCAGACGGCGUAUUUACAAAUGUUUGAAACCACCAUCAACGCAGAGGGAUGGCACCCAGAUGAUUGGGCGCGAGGGUUGACCCCCCUCUUAACCGGCAAAGCCCAACACACGUAUUUCUCCCUUCCCUGUGAGGCCGCUGAGAAGUACACGGAACUGCGGAGAGAAAUACUGGCUCGCCUUGACUUUCCCCUAUCUCGGCUGCCCAGCAGUUUUACCCUUGGGAAUACAACCCCCCAUAUUCGGGCCUGAGCUCAAGCCGCCGAACUGACCUGACUUGCACGUCACUGGCUAUUAUGUCAGGUAGCGAAGUGAGUCGUCGUAGACCAUUUCCUGACAGCCGUUCUGCGGACCCAACAGUGGGAGCCUGGGGAGCAAGUGCCGCCAUUUCCUUGGAGAGUGGUCCAGGAGUGACGCGCAUUGGAGCGUAAAACCAGCUGCAUUGUCCUCGAGGAGCCACCCCGUGGAGCACCAGAGGUGACCGUAAAAGUAAAUGGGAAACCCUUUUGAGCCAUCAUGGAUUCCAGCAGCGCUGUCACUUUUGUUUGGGCGAAAAUCCUGGCUCCACGUCCUGAGAGCAAAGUCUUCAUCCUCAACACACGACAAGUACCUAGUGCCAACCUACUGGCGAUGUCGGGCUCCUGGCUCAUAGAAGUGGGCGUGAUGAAAGACCUACCUGUACCAGUGCUGCACGGACGGACCACCUGCUAGCCGCUGCCUCACAGCCUGCCAGCCCCAGCGGGAACCGCAGGCAACGGAGACCGGCCGGAGGACCAUGACCACAACCAACAUUGCUGGCCUCGACAGCGGGAGAGAUGGUGAGUCUACCUCCCAAAAUUCUGCACUAUGUCGAGGCAAAGAAAUAUAUUGUGUACUAAACUGUCUUGUCUUUGUCAGUACCUCUGUGUUAUCUCCUGGGCGUGGCAUUUGUCUCUAGGUUCCUGGUGGUUUGAUGAAUGCAGUUGUCUUGGACAAUGCAAAUGUCAUUGAACCCUAUGAAGUCAACAGACAUCCUGAUCUACAUGACCAUUAAAGUGUUUCAGUACCAGAAUCAAUACUGAUAACGCUUAAAUGCAAAUAAAAUUCUUUUGCAAUUCAA